AUGGCUGACGAACUCAAUGUUGACAGUCUAAUUCACAGGCUAUUAGAAGUUCGAGGAUGCCGCCCUGGAAAGACAGUGCAGAUGUCAGAAUCAGAGGUCCGCGGCCUCUGUACAAAAUCUCGGGAGAUAUUCCUACAGCAGCCAAUUUUACUGGAAUUAGAAGCACCACUCAAAAUCUGUGGUGAUAUACAUGGACAGUACACAGACUUGCUGCGUCUAUUUGAAUAUGGCGGCUUUCCGCCCGAAGCCAACUAUCUAUUUUUGGGUGAUUACGUUGAUCGCGGCAAGCAGUCUCUAGAAACCAUAUGCCUCUUGCUUGCUUAUAAAAUAAAGUAUCCCGAAAACUUCUUUCUACUACGGGGCAAUCAUGAAUGUGCCAGCAUAAAUCGUAUUUAUGGAUUCUACGAUGAAUGUAAACGCCGAUACAAUAUCAAACUGUGGAAGACGUUCACGGAUUGUUUCAAUUGCCUUCCGAUCGCAGCUAUUAUCGAUGAGAAGAUUUUCUGUUGUCACGGCGGUCUGUCACCGGACUUGCAGGGUAUGGAGCAAAUCAGACGGAUAAUGAGACCUACAGAUGUACCUGACACAGGUUUACUUUGCGAUCUGCUAUGGUCAGAUCCGGAUAAGGAUGUGCAAGGAUGGGGCGAGAACGAUCGUGGAGUGUCGUUUACAUUCGGACCAGAUGUUGUCAGCAAAUUCUUGAACCGACACGAUUUGGAUUUGAUUUGUAGAGCCCAUCAGGUGGUAGAAGAUGGCUACGAGUUCUUCGCAAAGAGACAGCUAGUGACGCUCUUCUCCGCGCCCAACUACUGCGGGGAGUUCGACAACGCGGGCGGCAUGAUGUCCGUGGACGAGACUCUCAUGUGCUCGUUUCAGAUAUUAAAGCCAUCUGAGAAGAAAGCGAAAUAUCAGUACAAUGGCAUCAACAGCGGCAGACCGGCCACGCCCCAGAGAUCGCCUCCCAAAAAGAAA